AAGAUGUUGCCCCGGGUUUAAAAUAUCUGCCCCAGCAGCCCAGCGUGGGUGCAGCGCUUCCUCACUGCUCUGCGCUCCCUGCGGGCGCUCCCCGCCCUCCGCAUCGGGAACUUUGGGGAUGUGCCUAGACCCGGCGCAGCGCAGCCCGGGGAAAUCUCAAGAGCCUUCAUCCAGCCACGGGCCAGCAUGUCUGGGGGCAAAUACGUGGAUUCCGAGGGACAUCUCUACACUGUUCCCACCCGGGAACAGGGCAACAUCUACAAGCCCAACAACAAGGACAUGGCAGACGAAAUGAACGAGAGGCAAGUGUACGACGCUCAUACCAAGGAGAUCGACCUGGUUAACCGUGACCCCAAGCAUCUCAACGACCACGUGGUCAAGCUUUGGGCUAGAAGGAGAGAUGCCAGGAAAAGAGGCAGGAGUCAGGAAGGGCUGGCUGCACUGGAGCCUCCCUGUUGUUCCACCACAGUCUUCCCAGAUGAGGCUAAUGUACAGCCAGAAUGGAGUCUGUUUUGGACUCUCAGAAUAAAGAAAACCAUGUGCCAUGACAAAACUUUCAGGACCAUAACGGCCACAAGGAAGAUCGGAUGGCUAGAGUGUCAGCAUGUCAUCUCUAUGCCCCUUUCCUACCUCAGUCCAUGGUUCAGGCAUACUAAGCAGGGAGCUCAGGGUGCGCUGGUUGUUUUUCCUAAUGGUGUGUCAACGCUCCUGUGCUGCCAGUGGCUACACGAAGUUUCCCUGGACCUCGGCACAAGCAAGUGUCCUUCGUGUCUCCAGUGCCUGGCACAGAGAAGAGACCUCAAGUCACUGAGGAGUGCUUUACUGAUGCCAGUCCCUCAUCAGAGCAGAUGGGUGAACUAAGCCUCAUAGGAAGUUCCCGAGACCCUGAUACCGAAGAUUGAUUUUGAAGAUGUGAUUGCCGAACCAGAAGGAAUCCACAGUUUCGACGGCAUCUGGAAGGCCAGCUUCACCACCUUCA